AGCCCAACAUGGCGAUGCACAACAAGGCGGCGCCGCCGCAGAUCCCGGACACCCGGCGGGAGCUGGCGGAGCUCGUGAAGAGGAAGCAGGAGCUGGCGGAAACACUGGCAAAUUUGGAGAGACAGAUCUAUGCUUUUGAAGGAAGCUACCUGGAAGACACUCAGAUGUAUGGCAAUAUUAUUCGUGGCUGGGAUCGGUAUCUGACCAACCAAAAAAACUCCAACAGCAAGAACGAUCGGAGGAACCGGAAGUUCAAGGAAGCGGAGCGGCUCUUCAGUAAAUCCUCAGUGACUUCAGCAGCUGCAGUAAGUGCAUUGGCAGGAGUUCAGGACCAGCUCAUUGAAAAGAGAGAGCCAGGAAGUGGGACGGAAAGUGAUACUUCUCCAGACUUCCACAAUCAGGAAAAUGAGCCCAGCCAGGAGGACCCCGAGGAUCUGGAUGGAUCUGUGCAGGGAGUGAAACCUCAGAAGGCUGCUGCUUCUACUUCCUCAGGGAGUCAUCACAGCAGCCACAAAAAACGAAAGAAUAAAAACCGGCACAGGAUUGAUCUGAAGUUAAACAAAAAACCACGAGCUGACUAUUAGAAGACUGCUAGUGCCCGAGCUCCCCGGCCCGUAGAGCCCUGCCCCCCUCCUCCGACCUCGCAGAGAGAAGCUUCCCUCACCCGAGUGCGUGACCGUCCACCGCUGCUUCCCCAGACCCGGCGCCUGUGACUCUGAGUAGUUUCUUCUGAAAUGUGACAAACAAGUCAUUUCUGUAAGACCACAUCGGAUCAUUUACUUUGUGUCAUUUUUAGUAACAGAACUGCAGAAAGGCCCGAGACAUGGUUAUAAUCCCAGCAAGUUGCUAACCGUGCGCUUCUCCCUUCUUAGAAUGAAUGUUUCCCCCCUAAAACUGGCUGGCACCAGCUUCGUCCGUGAUACGCAUCAAGCAGUGUUCUCUGGGCUUCCUUCAUGCUGAAACUAGAAUGCAGGUCACAUUUCAGAGGGAGGCUGUAAAUAUCUGGUGUUUUCUUAUUUUGUUCGUGUUUUAUCAUUUUUCUAUUAUUGUUUUUACCAUCUUAUUUUCUUCUGGGACUUUUUGUAAUGCCAUUGUACAGCUCAUAUCUUCCUGCUGACAUAUUUGAUCAUCUGUUUCGUGCAGUUGCCAAUACUCUUAACUGAAAACAAUCUGGUUUACCAUAAGUAAAAUGGGGACUUGGCUUUUUGUUUUUCUGCAGGGGGAAGGUAAAGAAUGUUUAUUUAAUAUUUACCUAUCUUAAAUCUUUCUGAGUUGGAAGCAGUUUCAUGUUCAAGGAACAGGAAAAGCUGAAAAACAUAAGUUUAAAUCAGUCUUUUUAAAAUAGAUAUUUUUAUUCUUUUGUAUAAAUAAAAUUUAACAGGCUUUGUCUUCUCAUGCUUUACUUUUAAACCCAAGAUUGUUUUUUCACUUAUUUACUUGUAUCAUGCCUUAUGGAAAUUUCUCUUUUUCCAUCUUUUCUCUCUUUGCUGGUAUUUGCCUGAUUAAAAAUUGCUCUAAAAAUCACUAAGGCACAUGGAAAGGCCCCAAACUGUCCUCAAAGCCGAUAACAUCUGGAGAUCUUGAGCAGAGUGAGUGACAGGAUCACCGAGAGGCUGCGAUGCCCACGGAUGCCCUUUCCUUACAGGGGUGGAUGGGCUACGAACCGGCUGAUGGUUGUUACCUGCCUCUGGAGCAGUGGUGAUCCACCUCGGCUGCACAUUGGAAUCACUUGGGAUGCUUAAGAAAGUACUGAUGCCGGGGUUCUACCCCCUGAGAUUGUGACUCGGGUACAGUCUAGUAUUGUGGGGGCAUUCUUUCAAGGAGUCCCUGGGAUUCUGGUAAGAAGCCAAGUCAAGAACCGUUGCAUUAGAAGACUGGGUGGUUCAAUUUAAAUCCUAUGUCGUGAAUCCGUUUAAGGGAUAAGAUUUGGGGCCUCAACUUUCCUUUGAUUCUGCUUAGUCGUAGUCCUUUACUUAUGCCCGUAUCUUUGUUAGAAAAAAUACGUUCCGUUUGUGAUAAUAUUGGUAGAACUGAAAUAUGGAUGGUGUCUAUUAUCAGAACACAUCUACCUUGUCAGAUGUGCAAAAGCUUUCAUUCUUGUUCUCAAAUAAACUUUUUUUUGGACUCUGCCAAAAAAAAAAAAA